GGCCGCGGUGGCGUUGAGACCGUUUCGAGUGCAUGUCCGCGGAACCACUCUGCUGCCGACGCUGCUUUGCCGCUAAUGACCGUAGCUGUUAACGCGGCAGACAGUUUAAAAUUAUCAGUCAGUCUUGCUCGUCACCUUGUUGUGAGCUCAAGGCGUGUUGUGUAGGACCUGGCGAGACGGUCUUCACACGGAACGGUUGUUUUCAAUUCGAGACGGGACGAUGCGGCCGCCGGCGCCCGUCGCCCUCAGCGCCGCGCCCCGUGAGCGGCCCUAGGCGUGCCCCGCGGCCCUAGGCGUGCCCCGCGGCCCUAGGCGUGCCCCGCGGCCCUAGGCGUGCCCCGCGGCGCCGCCAGCAUGGACCCCCACAUGACGGCCGAGGACGAGCUGUGCCUCGACUCCGCGACGCACCGCCGCCUCCGCCAGCGGCUGUCGCCCCUGCCCGCCUUCCCCGUCAGGAAGAAGAAGCUGGUCAACUUUCGGAUCUCCCGCCGCAGGAGCUCGGCCGGCAGCGUAUCGCUCGCGCCGGAGGGCGGCCGCGCCAGGGCGUCCAAGAGGAACUCUGUCACGUUCGAGGACCCCGACGGCGACGGCGACGGCGACGACGACGACGCGAGGUUCGACCGCGAGCGGAGGAACCUGAACGAGGUCCCGAGGGGCGCCCACAGGACCCACGCUCCUAGCAGCCCCCCCGUCGCGACGGGCGCCGCCAGGCCCCACCUCAACGGCGGCCUGAGGCCCGCGCCGCCCACGCUGAUCGCGGAGUCGGCGCGGCCCGCCCUCCGCCAGGCGCCGCGGCGCGGGCGGGGCGGGAAGCCGCUGACGGCGCGCCGCAUGGCCUCGCUGGAGUCCUGGGACAGGCUGCGGAGCGCCAGCAUGGAGCCCGAGAGCUCGAGCAGCCUGCACAGCGUGGUCUCCAUGCUGACCUGCAAGGCGCAGGUCGCGACCCGCGCCCUCCAUCUGGACGCCCUCCGUGCCCCGCUCGCUGCCCGCGCCCAGACCCGCCAACCUGGCGGAGCAGGAGGAGCGGGGGCGCGGCACCUUCGUCAUCUCACUGGUGGCCCUGAGCAGCAGGCAGCGGCACCAGGCGAGGCAGACCAAGCAGCAGGGCACGCCGGCGCAGAACCAGAAGGAGCAGGGCGAGCCUCGGCACCAAAGGGCAGCAGUUCUCGAUCUGGUUCAAGCGACAUCGCCACGGGACGCGCGGCUGCAGGAGGGCCUCUCCUCAAGGGGGAUGGAGAGCGGAGGUUGGAGGGGAGUGCCCCGAGGCGAGCAGAACAGCGCCCCGGGCCCCCGGGGGGCUUCGAUCCCGCAGAGGAGCGGGGGCGCGGCACCUUCGUCAUCUCACUGGUGGCCCUGAGCAGCAGGCAGCGGCACCAGGCGAGGCAGACCAAGCAGCAGGGCACGCCGGCGCAGAACCAGCAGGAGCAGGCGAGCCUCGGCACCAAAGGGCAGCAGUUCUUGCUCUGGUUCAGCGACAUCGCCAAGGACGCGCGGCUGCAGGAGGGCCUCCUCCUCAGGGGGAUGGAGAGCGGAGUGCAGUUCCCUGUGGUCCACGUCUCGGAGGUCGUCCCUGACAACCAGCGCGUGACCGGCCAGUCGUUCCUGUCCCAGCACGACUCCCCGGGCGCCGAGUGGGUCCUGCAGAGAGGCGUGUUCGAGGAGCUGGUGACGUGGGUGCCCGAGCUGCUGGUCACGUGCCCUUCCGACCCGUCGCUGUGGGCGCGAUGCUACAUCCUCCUCGGGUUCAAGACGCUCGAGGGAGAACUCGACCCGCGGAUGGAGGCGCUGUGGCGCGAGUGGACGGGCGCCCUCUACAUCUACGAACGGGCCCACGACCCCGGGGUGAAGGGCUGUCGUUCUUCCGGCGUCGCUCGCGCCCGCACCCGGCCAUCUUCUCGUACGUCGUCCUGGUCGAGCUGGACACCGUCACCAGGGACAACUGCCUGCACCUCCUCGACUUCGUCUACCGCAUGA